AUGGUUCACCGCGUGAUCUACCCCGAGUACCUCCGCAAAGCCACCACAGAACCGCUGCUCGAUCAGCAUGCGGAGGCACCACCGCCCAUCACAGUUGAUGGUCAAGUUGAGUGGGAAGUGGAGGAGAUCCUCGCCUCCCAACUGAAAUACCGGAAGCUACACCGUGUGAAAGUCCAGAUCUUCCAUGCUGCAAAUCCGAAGGCCCCAGGACCACCCCGACGGUUACUUGAGUGGCUCCGCGCUGUAGAAGAAGAGUUUCUUGAUGAGCAUCCAGAAAUGAUUACCCAGUCGCUAACGCCUGAGGACAGCCUCCUCAUACAGACCAAAUCCCUUGGCGAAGGUGAAGGAAACGAAAUCAAGAGAAAUGACGCUGAGAGUCAAAAGGGAAUGGCAGAAGCGGCGAAGAAACUUCUGCAACACAUUGGAGAAGAACCAGAACGAGAUGGCCUUGUUAGAACCCCCGACCGAUAUGCUAAAGCGUUGCUAUUUUUCACCAAGGGAUAUUCAGAAGAUCUCCAUGAAGUCGUCAACGAUGCUAUCUUUGAGGUGGAUCAUCAGAAUCUGGUUCUUGUAAAGGACAUUGAGAUCUUCAGCAUGUGUGAACAUCAUAUGGUACCAUUUAUGGGGAAGAUACACAUCGGGUAUAUUCCCAAUAACCGCGUUGUGGGUCUAUCAAAAUUGGCUCGCAUCGCAGAAGUCUUCGCUCGCCGGUUACAAGUGCAAGAGCGUCUUACACAACAAGUGGCCGAUGCGAUCAACCAAGUGCUACAGCCCAAGGGUGUGGCAGUGGUUGUCGAAUGUGCUCAUAUGUACUUCAUUAUCCCUCAACUAUCUCAGCUGCUAGACCCUCUCUUCGACUCGCGUACCCAUAUAUCGGUGCUAGAAAUCGGUCCCGGCCCGAAAAGCGUACUCGGAUAUCUGCCCGGUCGUCUGAGAUGGAAGGUCAAAAGAUACGUUGCAUUUGAGCCUAACAGCCUGUUUGCUACAAGGGUGGAAGAAUGGCUUCGCCCUACCUCGGAGACGGAGUCCCCGUUGCCCUGUCUCGAAAGCCCGCCCGACAUCCAUCGAAUCCCAUUCGCUCUGAACAGAAACACAGGGAGCGGUACUGGUACCGGUACGCGUGAAAGCGAAGAAAAAUUCGACGUCAUACUGUUCUGCCAUAGUAUGUACGGCAUGAAGCCCAAAGCCAGGUUCAUCGAACAGGCGCUAGAAAUGCUUGUUAAGCGGCCCAAAGGCGGAAUGGUGGUGGUUUUCCAUCGCGACGGGACCCUACACCUUAACGGAUUAGUGUGCCAUCGAACGGCUUCUUUCCCUACCGGAACCGUUAGCGUAGCAAAUAACGACGAAAUAUUGGACUGUUUCGCUCCUUUCUUAGCGGGUUUUGUCAUACAGGAUGUGGAGGCGGACAUGGCUAUCCGAGUUGAAUGGCGUAAGGUGUGCCGCGCCUUGGGCCGUUGUGACGAAGCUCAUCCAGACCAUCUCUUGUUCAGUUCGCCGAACGUUAUGGCGGCCUUCACCCAACAUGCGAUCACGUUGCCGGAGCUGACGGCACAAGUGCCAUUGUCAAAGGGGGACAAGACAGUUAAAAACCGUGAGGCUCGCCUCCACCAUCCCGCCUCGAUUGUUAGGCCGACAGAGGUCCGACACGUCCAGCAGUGCGUUCAAUGGGCUCUGAAGCAUGGGGUCGGCCUGACCGUCGUUGGUGGGGGUCACAGCGGCCACUGUCUAUGGUCCAACGUUGUUUCGGUCGACAUGGGCGCCUUUGACCAAGUACACAUUCUCACGGCCGGGGAUGGUGGAGGAAAAUCUGGUUCCGAAUCCGAUUCCUUGGUCAUCGCCGAGGCCGGCUGCAAGACGGGGGAUAUUGUCCGCAAGACCAUGGCGGCGGGCGUGACAGUGCCCUUGGGGUCCCGCCCAAGCGUAGGCGCGGGGCUGUGGCUACAAGGCGGCAUCGGGCACUUGGCUAGGAUGUACGGGCUCGCGUGCGACGCCAUCGUCGGUGCCGUGGUGGUCAGCGUCGACUCUAGCCAGGUCCUCUGCAUCGGCCGUGUACCAAGCCAACACUGGCCGACCGGUGCCGUGCACCCAGAAAACGAAAACGAUCUGUUAUGGGCGAUGAAAGGCGCUGGGACUAACGUUGGCAUUGUAGUCAGCGUGACUUUCAAGGCUUACGUGGCUCCGACCUACUCGACUCGAAACUGGGUUGUCCCGCUAAGUGACAACCUUGAGGCACGGCUCAGGCUUAGCGAUUUUGAUAACCUCGUCGCCAGGAAGCUCCCCCAGAACUGUUCCGCAGACGCAUAUCUGUACUGGGAAAUCGGCCAGCUGUAUCUUGGCGUGACCAUGUUCGAAUCUUUCACGACUACGCCAGCCUCUGAAACACCCAUGCCUAUGCCAACGCCCGCAGACACAAUCUUGGGACUGGAAGACAAUUUCAAGCUCGUGGACGGCGUCGGUUUGUUCAAAGCCGAGAUGUACAUGUCCGGGAUGCACGGCGGGCAUGGCAACAGCAAGACCUCUUCGUUCAAGCGAUGUCUAUUCUUAAAACGCAUCAGAGCACUGAACGUCGCCGACAUCUUGGUGGCGGCCGUUGAGACCCGUCCCUCGCCACUCUCCUAUCUCCAUCUGCUGCAAGGUGGCGGAGCGAUCGGCGAUGUGGCAGCUGAUGCCACUGCUUUCGGCUGUCGAGACUGGGACUUUGCCUGCGUGGUAACUGGUGUCUGGCCCCGCGACCAGGAUGGAACCGAAGUCGCUCGAGCUGCCGUGCAGUGGGUAUACAGCGUCGCCAGGGACUUGUUGCCCCUGAGUAGCGGAGUUUACGGUGCAGACCUUGGGCCGGACCCCAGAGACGCCGCGCUGGCGGCCAAGGCUUUUGGACCAAACCGAAUGCGCCUGGCUCGCCUCAAGCACAGCUUGGACCCGCGCAAUGUGCUGGCUUACGCCUGCCCGCUCCCGAAAGCGCUGAUGGAACAGAAGCUCAUCAUUCUUAUCACGGGUGAAAGCUGUGCCGGCAAGGACUUUUGCGCUGACAUCUGGGUCUCCAUAUUCCUCACAUGCACCUACAAAAGCCUCAAGGCGCGGGCAGUCAGCAUUAGCGAUGCGACCAAGCGAGAAUACGCGGCGGCUACUGGUGCCGACCUGGACCGCCUGCUUAGGGACCGUGCCUACAAAGAGCAACACCGGCCAGCUCUGACAGCGUUCUUCCAGGGCCAGGUGCGGCAUCGACCUCGGCUGCCAGAGGAGCAUUUCCUAAAUGUGGUGUACGGCGCCGUAGAUGUGGAUGUGCUGCUUAUCACCGGGAUGAGAGAUGAGGCGCCGGUCGCAGCAUUGUCGCAUUUGGUGCCAUACAGCAGGCUGCUCGAGGUUCGCGUCAAAGCUAGCAAAGAGACGCAGCGUGCUCGCCGAGGGUGUAACGGUGGUGAUGAUGAUGAUGAUGGUGACGGCAAUGAGGACAAUGGCGGGUCAAAACUGAUGGCCUUGGAAUACCGCCCCAGUCUCAUCUUCGACAAUGACGCAGUCGGAAACGAGGCAGCAAAGAGGUUUGCCGAACACUACCUGCUUCCCUUCUUCCACGAGGACCUUCAGCAACUGGCCAACAUGGUGCGCCCGGUACCUGACUUUCCACGCCCGGGCAUCGAGUUCCGCCAUGUGCUCAACAUCUCCCAGCAGCAGGGUGGGCUGGCCCUAUGCACAUCUCUGCUGCAGACUUACUUCAGCGGUGACUGGGCAAGAGUCGAUGUGGUAGCGUGUUGCGAGGCAGGCGGCUUUGUCUAUGCGUCGGCAUUGGCCUCGCGGAUCCAUGUAACCUUGGCGCUAAUUCGCGAAGCUGGCAAACUCCCCCCACCCACUGUUUCCGUCCUCAAGUCUACAUCGCAUAUAUCAUCUUCAACAUCCAACAAUUCAGAAGAGAGGAUUGAGAUGGACCGGGAUCUGAUCCCCAGAGGCGCGUCAGUGGUAGUGGUGGAUGAUGUGCUUGCCACGGGGAAGACACUUUGUGCGGUGCUACAGCUUUUAGAUAAAGCUGGCAUCGGUGCUGAGAAUGUCAACAUCAUGGUGGUGGCCGAAUUCCCUGUUCACCGUGGCCGGGAACUGUUGCGCCAGCGUGGGUUCGGCGGAGUCAAUGUUCAAAGCCUUUUGGUCUUUGGUGGUGCUUAGGAAAGGAAGGAGAGGAUCUUUGGAAACUUGGACUUGUGAUCAAAUUCAACCACUUUCACAUCUUUCUUCAAGGUUACAGUAGUUCCCGAAAUCAGCUUGCCCCUCAAUACUCUUGGUUUGUUUCCCAGACCCUACCAUGAAACACACUAGUCCAUAUGCGGUUUCCCCUCAAUGUCAUCACUGCUCUAAUGGUAUGGUUCAAUACCGUAAUGUUACAAGCUUUAUUGUAUAUU